AGAUCUAUCUUAUUGUUUAUGUAUGGAGACUGAACCUGGAAUUUUUAUAGCGUUUCGCGGUGGAAUUUAGUUUUAAUUGUAUAUCUGGCUAGAAUCGUAGGCGAGGGCCGGUGUGUAGAAGAAGGUGGCGCGUCUUCGGGCGCCAAGGUUCUUUUGGAUCUCUAUUUAUACGAAUUCCGAUAGUUUACUGCAGCAUAGUGACAUUUUCGUAAUAAAGUGCCGUGCAGUGAAUUCAUGGGACAGGUGCCAAUUAUUGCGCCCGUGACGAAAGAAUAGAAUCAUUACGUAUUUUCAAGUUGGCGAAGGCACGUAGGGGAAUGAUCAAGGAGAAGGAGAAGGGCGGGGGUGCCCGGCUCAAAGAUGAACCCAAUGACCCCGCUGAACCAGGGCAUGGUUCACGUCCACCAUCGGCCUCUUUACCGACCCCGGCGGCGUUAAAGAAGGAACCAGACGAGCCGGCGCACAGAGUCAAGAUGGAGCCCCACAGCCAAGGGGGCGAGGACUCCAACGCCGACCUCGGCGUCGACGGGAUUAAGACUGAAAUUGACGGCCUCAUGGACAGCGACGGUGACCCUACUAAAUCUCCCCAGUGCGAACUUGGCGGGCCUGGGUCUCUGAAGUCAGAGCGACUUUCCUCAGACUCCAACGACAUUAUAGACCCGCAAACUGGACUUAGAGGCUCUACUGGAAAUCUCCAGGAUGGUAAUCCAAACUGCCGUAACCCGAAUGGACCAGAGAACAUGGGUUCGUGUCGUAUGGGCAAUUCGGGUCCGAUGGGACCCGGCGUUUCUAUGGGACCCAUGUCCAGCGAAGCGCAAACCUUGCCUUCCAAUGUUAUCAGCAAGCAAUCUGGGAGCAUGGAGCAGAGUCAGAUCUUCGUGUUUUCCACAAUGCUGGCUAACAAAGGCGCAGAGUCUGUGAUCUCUGGACAGCACCACUCCAUCAUCGCCUAUCACUGCGCUCAGCCUGCUACUAAAAAGUAUCUUGAGAAACAUCCCUUAAAAAUAGGCCAGUUUAAUAAACAAAACCCCGCCCAAUGGCUCAACAACUUAGCCAUGGCAAAAAGCCGAGCAGGAAUGCGCGGCGGGCCUAACAUGAUGGGUGGUCCUAACCAGAUGGGGCACAUGAUGGGGGGGCCGAUGGGACCCAACAUGGGGCCGAUGGGUCACGGCGGCCCCAUGGGUCAUAUGGGACCCAGCAUGAUGGGUCACAGCCGCAUGGGCGGGCCGGGGAAUCAGAUGAUGAUGAUGAAAGGCGGGCCGGGGCAGAUGGGUCAGAUGGGUCCCGGCAUGGGUCCGAUGGAUGGGUUUCCAGGGGGCACCCCGUCCUGUGGUGUCAUGGACGGCCUCGGUGCUGAUGGUGAAAUGCCCUGGGACACCAAAAACUCCUCCGUAAUGUCUAACGGCAUGGCAAACGGUCCUUCUCAAAUGCCGCCCUGUUCUGAAGCGGGAGAUAAUAACUCUGGCGACAACAAUAUGCCCUGCCAGCCUGGACCUAAAGUCUCCUCCGCAGGUGUCAAAAUACCCGACGAGAACCUAACGCCGCAACAAAGGGCUCACAGGGAAGAACAACUGGCCACUAUACGGAAAAUGCAACAAAUCCUCUUUCCCGAGAGUGGGUCCAACCCUAACCAACCCGGAGAUGGGUCGCAACCCCCCUCAGACAUCAACCCCCCUAUAUCAAGCGCGAACAUGAAUAUGUCGUACCCUCCUAUGUCAGCGCACGGACCGAUGGGACCUGGACCAAAUGGACCUAUGGUUUCAAUGCCAAGCAGCAUGAGCAGUGGACCAAGUUGUACUAUGUCUGGUCCAAUGGGCCCGAACGGACCAAUGGGGGGACCGAUGGGUCCAGGCGGCCCGAUGGGACCAAAUGGCCCCAUGGGCGGUCCGAUGGGUAAUAUGGGACCAGGCAUGGGCAUGGGAGGGCACGGAUCUAUGGGGCCUAAUGGAAUGAUGGGGCCGAAUGGGCCAAUGAUGUCGGGAAUGGGACCUAAUGGACCCAUGGGGCCAAUGGGGCCGUGUGGAAUGAAGGGGAUCAGAGGGCCGUGCGGAGGGCCGGAUAUGAAGUCAGGAAUGUGUACAGAUAUGCAUAUGGGUAGAGGAUGCGGUGGACCUAUGGGAAAAUAUUUUCAGCGCAUGCCCAAUCCAAUGGGUGGUAUGGGAGGGCCUAAACCUUGUAUGAUGGGUCCACACGGGAUGGGACCAAGGAUGAUGCCAGGACCAAAUCUCAAUGCAAUGAAUGGUGGUAUAAUGAUGGAGGGUGGUAUGAUGGGCGCCAUGGUUCACGGAGACUGUGGGCCGGAGCAUCAGCAUCAGCACCAUGGAAUGCCCAUGAACGGACCCAUGUGCGAUGAAUACGGGCGCGGGAGGAGCAUGGGGCCGGGUGACCCAGGCGGGUUAGGUCCAGGGCUUGGGCCCGGUAUGGGCCACAAGUCAUCUCGUAGCCCAAAAUCACCACCCUCAGACAUCGACUGGCAGAAGUUGCACCACCACUUCUUUGACGAGAGCAAAAGUAUGGACACUGAUCUGAGUACGCAAGUAAAGUCCCCUUGUUCGGAGCGGGGCGGGUGCCUGCCGCCGCCGCCCUACGGAGCUUCGCCACUACACAGAUCCGCCUCCGUGCCUAUCGCGACACAAUCGCCCUCACAAGGCAGCGGUGUACAAAUGCCCAUGUCAGCGGAGGCUUCAAGAGCGGGCUCCGCGCUCAGUAGCCCCGCGCACUGCAAACAGAAAUCCGACCCUCCAGAGAUACUAGAGAAGUUGGACGAUGGCGUGUUUGUCCGCACGCUCCAAUGCUUGGCGGCGCAGCAACAGAAGAACCAACAAGGCGGGAAUCACUCAAAGGAACCUAGUUUGAUGCCCGUGCCGUCCCCGCAACAAAUAUCGUAUCUCAACCAGUUCGAAGGUCAAGAAUUAACGAUACAAAAACAACCAAACACAUCGUUAAAGGACAACGGACCGCCUUCAAACAGUGGAGGACAGACGCCACAAUCUAGUUCUAAUCAGAAAUCACCUGCAGGCAUGAUGCCAGGAACGCCAGAGCCACACUCGUCGCUGUCGGAGCAGAGGUCGGGGCGGUUCUCCAUGGAGCAGAGUCCCGGCCCUGGCUUCAACAACCCACAGACACCCACCUCCGCUGCAAACACCUCCAGUUCCAAGCAAGACGAGAAAUCCCGGCCGAGUCCUUCAUCAAACAGAUCGAGUCAAGACAGUGCAUCAAAAACACCACAACGAGAGGGUAGAGAGGGGCGAGAAGGACCCUCACUCAGCCAAGGGCCCUACGCACCCUCCUCCACGGCCAAAAGCAGCUGCAGUGUCGUGUCCACCCCAUCCCACCCUGACGACACCAUGGCAUCUAACACUGAGACGACGUUAUCGGGCGGUCCGAACAGCACGAGCUUGCCGGGCCCCUUCCCCGGGCCGUGCAGUAUGAGCCGGCCGGACAACAUCCCCAUCAACCCCAACCAGGGCCCCAAUGGCCCCAUGGGCCCUUCCACUUCCUCCUUCGACCCCAUCUCCUCGCUAGCGCAGAUGUCGCAGCAGCUCACCAACACAGUGGGCGGCGGGGGCCCCGGCCCGGGCGGUCCCAUGGGGCCCAACGGCGGUGGCAUGGGGCCCUUCGGCUCGGGGCCCCACCACAUGCAGCACCACCACUCCAUGCACCCGCACGGACAUCCGCACAUGAUGAUGAAUGACUUAGGUUGCCACAUGGACAAUAUGGGACCUGGCAUGGGCGGACCUAUGGAAGGAAUGAUGAGCGGAGGCGACUUUCCACCAGACAUGAACCUCAGUCCCAAAAUGAGCGGCGGCCCUAUGGGCGGGCCCAUGGGGCCUAUGGGACCCGACGCAUCUAUGAUGGGCCCAAGAAUGGGCGGACCUGGAAAAAUGCCCCCAUUCAACGGAGCGAACGUUCAAGUCAAAGCAAGCGCGCCUAACACGAUACAGUAUUUACCCACGAGGCCUCAAAUGCCCUGUAACACAGGCCCCAGAGGCCCCCCCAGUUUGGACUUCUUACAACGAGUCACGAAUCCAAUGCAAAUGGACAGCAGUAAAGGUGUUCAAUACUUCCCUGGCGCGAGAGGGAUGGAUAUGGAAGGAAGCAUGCGAGGUGUUAUGAGAGCGCCUGGAGGGAUGUUGAGAAUGCCACAUUACCCCGCAGGGUUUAACUCCCCACCUAAAAUGGCGGGUGACCCAUUCGGUGGACCCGGGCCUAAUCCGAUGUGCGGGCCUAACUUCCGAGGAGUCAAAGGUGGUAUGGGGCCUGGAGGAGUCAGAAUGGGCGCGGCGCAGCCUCUACCGCCAUCUAUGGGAGGCCCAGGACCGGGUUUCAAAGGGCAGGGUUUCGCUAUGCCUUCGACUGCUGAUCCCAACUACGCGGCGCAGUUUCACAAUUUCCAACAACAAUUGUACGCAACGGGAAGCCGUGGGGCGCAACCUCACGCAGGUUACCCUCCCUAUCAGCCGUCCAAGUGAUGACAGCACGCUGCCGUGGCUUGCGGACUCUCCACGUCUAUAUAACUCAUGCCAAUAAAAAAAAGAAUCGAAAAUUAUGACUUUAAUCUUUUCCUCUCACUUAAACAGUACGCUUGGGUAUACUGUGUGAGUGGGAUGGCAUGAUUAGCGCGGUUGCGUUUCGAUUAGUUUGUUUAUUAGAACGAGUUACACCCGCGUUCCUCUCACACCGGCCGCUCGACUCGAGGCUUUUAUAAAACCCCGGGACUGGAAGCGUAUUCGCGAACGUACUUAAUGUAUUAAUUAUACACCAGUGAAAAAAGAAUCGAGAGAUCAAAAUAUUUUUGUUAAUGUUUUUAGUUAGCCCGUUUGUAUUAAAUGAGAUUCUGUCGACCGGCGGCGUCGAGUUUUGCGUAAAGCGGCGUCCAUAUCAACAAAAAUUUGCGUCGCGUUUCAAAUAUUUAUUACAAAUCGUCAAUGAUUUAUAUUAUUAUGUCUACGAGAAAAAAAAAUUGAAUUUCCGACGAAUACAGCUUUCUUGACACGACGCAAUUUUUUGUUGUGGACGUGACUUAAAGGCCAGACGAGCGUAACUUUGUGAGUUCUAAAUCGCGUAAUAUUAACAAAAAAAGCAAAAACUCUUUGUGGCAUAUGCUCCAAACCGGCCUUAAUAUGAAACAGAAUGAAGCUAUUAAGGUGGAUCCGCAUUUGCGCACGUGCACGAACCAUGCACACAAUAAGAACAUGAUGUGGACUGGAUGUGUUUACGAGUGGUUUGCGUGCAUAUUGUACAAGUCACGGCGUGCACAUGUUCGUGAGUUUAGGAGCAAGUACAAACGUGAUAGAUGCGCUCGCGACAUACAUGCGCACAGAGACAUUGACGCGUCCAUAUGUCUUCGACGCUUGUUAUGUGCAUGGUUCGUGCACAUACGCAGAUGUGGAUCCUCCUUUACGUUCGUUUGGCCUUACAAUUAACAGUUUUGCGUUAGGUCGUACGCGCCGAUUAUAUCGCUCAGUUAGACUGCUCUCUGGCUGGGCGGAACUUUAUUAUAUUUUAGCGAAUGCGUGAGUUUGUACAAAUUGUACAAAUUUAGAUGUGUUAUCGUGUAGUCUACAUAAUUUAAAAGUACAGUCGUAAGCGUAUUUUUGCUAUGGCAAUAAAUGUAGUUUUUAUCUUUUUUUUUAAUGCAAACAUGUCAGGUUUCAGCGUAUCGGUUCCUUUACUUAGCUAUGGUUUUUUUUAUAUAUGAUUCCUAUGCACACAGAUAUCUAGUCAAUUUUGAAAUUAAUAUCCGAUCCUGUGUUAGAGCGAGUGAAACAGUCGAAUCAACAGCACAGAGUAGAAAAUAACAGAAGGUUCUCCAAGCGUACACGUUGCGAAAUUAAAAUCGGUGUUACUGAAUUUUUGAUUUGAAACCAAGAAGCUUUAGGUUUAUUUUACUCUGACGUUGUUGCGUUUUGAUCUCGAAUUCUACCAACGUUGGGUGAGAUGUAAAAUCUCAUACUAAGCACAGGUCAGUGUUUAGGUUGACCUCGUCGUCACACGGGUCAGGUGUGAGUGCGCCUGUUAUCGUUCGUUGCAUUGAGAGGACCUUCUGUGAACUUUCUAUUUUGUGUCCACAGUUUGGUACCAGGAAUGCAACAGAAGUACAUAAUAUCUUAUGUGUAUGGCGUCUUGUGAACUAGUCCAAUCAGAAUUUGAGAGAAUACGAAUCAAGUUUUUUUUUUACAAUAUCGCUGUGUUGUAAACUAAAAUGAUAGAUUGCUAUCCUUUUAAUAAUACUCUCUUUGGAAAGGGACAUCACUAGAUUUAGACCUGUCAGUGUGUACGAUGGAAUAAUUACAUAAUUAGGUAUUAUUAUCAUUCUGUUCUACACACUCUCUAAGUCUAAAUAUAUUGCUAUCACUUUCAUAUGGGUUCCUAUGGACAAGGAUAGCACUAGCUACAAGGAUAGUUAGUACCUGUCAAUUUACAGAUUAUGUACAUUAGAAUUGGCUACAAGACUAACGACUUAAUAAAAAUUCUCUCGGUCAGUAUUUUCUCAGAUUAGGAUCGGACAUGUGCGCAAACGAUCUUAAACUAUU